AUGAACUUCUUCAAUGGUAACUCCCCCUCUAGCUUCUCUUCGAGGAACAACAGCUUCGGCCGCUCCCCGGAAAGCAGUGACACAAGCUCCCCAAACCAGCCGGAGUAUCCUUUGCAGGAGGCUACUUAUGCCAGCCUCACUGCCCUUAACAGUCCCUCGCCGAGACACGGGCAGCAGACAAGCAUUGGACUGACAUAUCACAAUGCUCCUGUUCGAUACCAGCAGCAGCAGCAGCAGCAGCAGCAGCACCAGGGUCCAGACUACUCUCUGGCGCUCGCGUUCGUCAAUGGCGUGCCGCUCACGCCGUACCAAACAGCAUUCGCUGAGCAGCAACUUAUGAGCUUGGCAAUGAGCACUCCCCCAGCGGAGUCGCAAAGUUUGCACACGACUUAUAUUCCCGCCACCACCGCCGCCGCCACCGCAACCUGGCCAUCGACCACCACCCAGACGUACGCGACCCUUAGGUACCCGCCGGCUCUACAGAGCGUCGACAGUACGGCGCACGCGGUCUAUGGGCCCUCGGUCACACAGUCGCCGCAUCAGCACGGUUUCCUCAACACUGCGCACACAGCCUAUAGGCCCUCGACGACCCAGUCCCCGUUUCAACAGAACAUUGUCAAUGCGGCGCAAACGUCUUAUGUAUCCUCGGCGAGCCAGUCACCACACCAGCAGACUAUGACGCUGCCGGUACCUCCAUGUUCUGUACCGGUGAUCAACUCCCAGCCGAGCUCGCCAACGCCGCCAACCCGUGCAGAAUCUCGAAACAACGAGCGUCUAGCCCAACGCGCUAGGAGGGCCCUACAGGAAAGCAUCGAACGGGGCUCAAGGCCGAUUGUGCUUCGGUCGCCCGAGCCAAAUUACACGGUAAUCAACCGCGUUCAGGCGCAGGAGCGGCCUAAGGUAAGUCGGGGAAGAAAGAGCAACGAGAGGAGAUGGUGUGAGAUCUGUGGGAUGACGCUCUCCGGCGACCAUGAAUAUAAUCGCCACUUCAAUCUGGUGCAUGCGCCCGAGGGCUGGCGGUGGCAAGUCAUUGACCCGACAACAAAGGGUCUACGGGCCCGCUGGCCCGUUCGGGUGCCGAUAUCAGAUUGCAAGAGCUGCCGAGCCAGAAAGCUAUACGGUAUCAACUACAAUGCUGCCGCGCACAUUCGCCGUUGUCACUUCAAGAGUGAACCGGUGAACGGAACCAGGGGCGGGAGCAGUGGCGGUACGUGGCCGGAGAUCCGAUACCUCGAGUAUCUAUAUAUGAAACUGGUUCACAUUCGGGUCAUCUCUACCAAGACGAGCCGGCUUAAGGAGGGUGUUGAUUACAUCCGGACUGGCUUUGAGCGGCAAACGGUUCUUAGAGAGCCUCAUAGCAAGAGGCACUCGCCAGGAGGUCGGGAAAGCGGCUUGACGGAGGCCGACUUUCGGUCUGACCCUGGACUAUCGCUCGCCACUCCUCCAGAAGAUCCCGAGUUGUUCUUUGGCACGCCUGCCUCCUCGACGGACACGAACUACUCAUUUGACUUCAAUCUCUUCCCGUCGCGGAUACCGGAGCAGCCGCUACCAACGUCCGACACGAGUUGGAGAAACUGGCCCGCUUCCAGCGAAGACCCCAGAUAG